UGACUGUAAGACAGCACUGUGGGACCCGCUGCUCGCUGAGGACAGUCGCAGAAGAACAUGUGUGUUCACCUCAGAGUCUCCCAAAGUCUCCAAAAACACCAGAAAAAGUCGCUAAGUUGGCAGCACUGCUCUCAGAAGGCGACCGCUGUGGAGGCAGAAAAUUAGUUGCAGCUUCAGAGUAGCUGCAACUCUGAAGCAUAAAGUUAACGUUUGUCAGCAGCAGUGAAAUAUUGACAAAGAGGUUAUUUUCCUCUGUAUGACAAAGUUUAUUCCUUUGAUAAUUGCACAUACUUAUUUUCCCUCUAUUCAUCGUCAGCUGACAAAACACUAAACUGAGAUAAGAUUGUUUUUGCUUCAAAAUCGAACACUUACUUAAGCUGUACACGCUAUACUCGCCAUCGUUGUUUUAGCGUUACUCUCCAACAAUUACUUUCAAUUGAAAAGUGCAGAAAUGUGAAAAGACCUCAGAUCUAACGGGCUGAAAGGUCGGAACCUUGAUUCUGGGGCCUUUGUUUCCAGGGAACCUCUGCCGCUAGCAUGCUUAGCUAACUGUGCGGUAAACAUGGGGAAACUGCGGGUUUUAGAGCUCUACAGCGGCAUUGGAGGAAUGCAUUAUGCACUCACAGAGAGCUCAGUGCAUGCUGAAGUGGUAGCUGCAGUGGAUGUGAACACGACAGCCAAUGAAAUCUAUAAACACAACUUCCCACAUACUCUACUGCUACCCAAGACCAUCGAAGGAAUGACAUUAAAUGAUUUCAAUAAACUGGAUUUUGAUAUGAUUUUGAUGAGCCCUCCUUGUCAGCCAUUCACUAGGAUUGGGUUACAGGGUGAUGUUUCUGACCCCCGAACAAAAAGCUUUCUCUAUAUAUUGGACCUUCUGCCAAGGCUGAACAAGCUGCCACGCUUCAUUCUGCUGGAGAAUGUGAAAGGAUUCGAAACAUCUUCUGCAAGAAAUUCUUUGAUAAAAACUUUGAAGGAAUGUGAAUACAGUUUUCAGGAAUUCAUGAUUUCACCCACUUGUCUAGGAAUACCAAAUUCAAGGCUGCGUUAUUUCCUUAUUGCCAAGGCACCUCCAGGGUCUUUAUCUUUUCAGACAAUUUCAGAGAUUCUACAAAUCUUUCCAACGGCACAUUCUAGUGAUGGCACAGAUAGUCCCAUAAUCCCAGAUAACCACUGUAGUGCCCUUAGUAGUAAAACCAGAGAUAACAAGGAUGUCCUCUAUAAGCUUGAGACAGCUCAGGACCUGGAGAGGAAGAAAAGUCAAAACAGUGAGGAGUCAGUGAGAAAACUGCAGGACUUCCUAGAGGAGGAGGGACAGAGAACUGACAUGGACCAUUAUCUGCUGCCGUCAAAAACCCUGCUCAGAUAUGCCCUGCUCAUGGACAUAGUGAGCCCAAACUGCAGGAGAUCGGUCUGCUUCACUAAAGGAUAUGGGCAUUAUGUGGAGGGAACUGGUUCAGUUCUGCAGUCCUGUACAGAUGUAGAGCUGGAGAGUGUCUUUAAGUCACUAGAGGUGCUGCCUGAAGAAGAGAAGCUAAAGCAGCUAUCCCGACUGAAGCUCAGAUACUUCACACCCAGAGAGAUAGCUAACCUUAUGGGCUUCCCUUCGCACUUCACUUUUCCACCAAGAAUCUCAAUUAAACAGCAGUACCGGGUUCUGGGAAACAGUCUCAAUGUUCAUGUAGUUGCCAAGCUCAUCAGUCUUAUGGUGUCGUGACCAACAGAUAUGCUUUAUUGCAGUUCAUAAGGUGAGAGAUAAAAGGACAUUGCAGGUUGCACUUGAGUUGUCUGGAGUAGAAAAUCAACUUUUGUUUUAUGUGAAUCAAAUUUGUAAACUUUUAAAUAAAGUGGUGUUUUUUA